AACAAAAGAGAGCCUCUGGUGUAAUCUAUAAUUAGACACCCCACAAAUCCACAGCUUAUCUCAUAAAAUUUUCCUCUUUUAAACCCACUUUUGAACUAAAAUUACCAAAAAGGACACACAUGCCUCUCCAUUUCAACUACCAUAACCAACGCCUCACCCCUAAAUUCUAACCUUCCUUGUUCUCCUCCUCUGCCUUUUGUUUCUCUCAUUCCCCAAUUUCCAUUCUUAUCCAUCGCUCUCUUUCUCUCUCGAAAAAGCACUGUGAAAACUCAGAACAGCAAAACAAAAAAAUAAAUAAAGAAAAAGCCUGAGCCCUCUCAACACCUGCAAAAACACCCACCUGCUUUUUUGUACCACCAAGGCCAUCGCUUCAAGCAAUUGAAAGCUCAAACCCAGCAAAGAAAAAGAGAAAAUUACAAAAAAAAGCCCAAGGUUCGCCAUUGAUAUCUCUCUCUUUCUUCUGGGUUCCAAUUCUAUUGGAUUUCUAAUUUCUUUUGCGGUUUUUCUCAUCUGGGUUUUGAAUCUAAGAGUCUAAAAAAAUUUUCGAUCCCAUCCCCGCAAAUGUGGCGGCCGUGGGGAAAAUCGACCACUCGGAUUCACGACACGUCGUCACCGUCAUCUCCAUUUUCUUGCUCUUCGUUCAAGGACAUUCAAACCCUCUGUGCAGACCCACAACAAUUGUUACCCACUACUUCAUUGAAGAGAUCGACCACAAUCUUCCACCGAGUCCGAUUCGCCAACUCACUCCUCCGCGCCUGGUCAACUCGCCCGCUCUCCUUAACCCAACCCCCCGAUGCCGAAAACCCAAACCCAAACCCAAACCCCCAAGAGCAAUCCCCCAUCGUCACCACCACCAGCCCGAAACAACCCGACCCGACGAUCUCCAUACCCGGAGCCGAGAAACGUGUCGUCGUUUACUUAACGAGCCUACGCGUGGUGAGGUCGACAUUCGAGGAUUGCAGAGCCGUACAAUCGAUCCUGAGAGGGUUUCGGGUCUCGAUCGACGAGCGAGAUCUGUCAAUGUACUCGGGUUUUCUGACGGAGCUCCAGCAAAUCCUCGGUCAAACGAAGUUGACCCUGCCGAGGGUUUUCAUCGGAGGGAGGUACAUAGGCGGCGCGGAGGAGGUGAAGCAGCUGCACGAGGUGGGCGAGCUCAAGAAACUAGUGGAAGGCCUGCCCGCAGCGGAACCCGGUGUGUGUGACGUGUGCGGCGGCUAUAGGUUCAUUCUGUGCGACGAGUGUAAUGGCAGCCACAAGUUGUACUCUGAGAAAGGUGGCUUCAAGAGUUGUACCGCGUGCAAUGAGAACGGUCUCAUCAGGUGCCCUUCUUGUUCUUGCGCGCCACUUUCAUCCGUCUGAUUAGAAUACCAUUAUAAAAAAAAUAUUGAUGAGGGAAAAAAAAAAAAAGAGAGAGAGAGCUUUUUUAUUAUUAUUAUUUUUUAAUUUUCGAGUUUCUGUAUCUUAAUUUUUAUUAUUAUUUUUUUUUUCCUUUUUUUUUUUCAGCUUCUGGGUAAUCAGUUUUGUAGUAGUUUUUUUUUUUUUUUUUUUUCAUUUUUUUUUUUGUUGGGUAUGUAAGAAAAUGGGUAGGCCCAGCAUAAAUAGGGUGAGCUACAAAUUUACAAUGGCACCCCAAACCCAGCUACCAGCUGGAUUGUCGCUUUGUGAAGAUUA